UGGACAUUCAUCAAGACGACCUAACUGCGCCCACCACCGCGAUACGACUAUUGUAACUGCAGGAGACUCCUACACCUGACAAGAUGAUCAAUAGAUAUGAACGCAUACCCAGAUGACUAUGCCUUCCACAACCUGCCCCUCCUACUUCUCUCUGGCUUGGACGACAGCAAUCAGUCGAAACCCGAUCCAAGAAGCCGGACGCAUACUUUUUUGCAAGAUGGAGGUUUCAUGAUCAGAAUAGAUCUCCCCAAUGUCCAAGGACCUCUGGCAGAGCAACUACUCCAGGCAUUUAACUCACAAGAUGCAUCGAAUGUCGCAUGGCACUCCCGAUCGGUGAUUGCUCGCAGUGGUAAGAUAUACAAGAUCGCAAACGUUGGACGGGUCUACACGCUUCCGCCUCGUAAAGCGCCGCCACCUCCUUAUUCUCCCCGUCUAUCGGCCACUGUUGCAAACGGGAGUGCUCCUCCGCCGCUCGUACUACACUCGCCUCUAUCUCCCUUGACACCUAGCUCGCCCUUGUAUGCUGAUGGUAUAUUCUCUCCCUUAUGGAUUACGAAACAUCAGUCUCGAUUGCCCUGCGCAUUCCUGGCAUGCUUCUCUCUCACGUCCGAUCCGCAUACAAGCUCUCUGCAGGACAAUAAGCUGAAGUCUGAGGUCGGUAACAUUCGCAGUGUCCUUUCUUCAACCAAUUACAAGACCAAACUUGUGGUGGUUCUGAUUGGUGAUGGCUUCAUAGAUCCGUCUGAGCUUGAAGAUCGUUUCAAUACUAUUCGUCGCUCAGGAGGACUCGACGGGAAGAGCAUUUUCUUUCUUCCCCACAAUGCUUCGCCUGUUGAGGUGACUGAAUUCGUCAACUCUGUUCUUUCAACCCUGCAUUCCCCCUGUAUAGAAUACUAUCGCGAUCUUUCGAAACAUUGCCGACGAAAACGCAAUAGGAAUAUUAUGCCACAACCCACCGUACAGCCUGGAGCCUCACAGGUAUUGUCGCUCCAAGGUUGGAAUGUCAGAUAUGAAUUCAAGCUUGGAGUGUUUGCCGAAUUCCGACAAGAGAUGGAUGCUGCUUGUCGCAAUUAUGAGACUGCUUACGAUGGCUUGUUCAGUCCAGAGAUUAUCGAAACCAUCGCCGUUUGGAGCCUACGUUUCAAUGAGGCCAGAUCACUGGCAGAUGUCGUUGCGUUACGCAUAGUCAGAUGUUUGUUAUGGGUCGAUCAAGGCACAACGGCUGUCAGGUCCUGGAUCGCCCACAGAGAAAGAGUCAGGGAUUUGAUUGACCGUCGAGGAAAAGGAACGGAAAAUUAUGGCUGGGAGGCCUGGCAAAGUAACUGGGCUGCCGUAAUGGCCGAUUUGCUGUCACGGUCACAAUACCCCUUGCUUAAUACCAAAUUACAAGACGUUGAUCUCCUACCCAUUUUUGUUGCUGCUGAAAAGACGAGCCCGGGGGCCGAUCGCAGCACCCCUUGGGAGCUGCUGCAUCAUGAAGGGUACUGGCUGGAUAUUGCGAGGAAGUGCACGAGUUCACGGCGGGCAUGGGCCCUUAAAAUUCCGGAAGAGGAUCGGCAAUCACCUGGACGUUCCCCUGCCUCUGUGGUUGCAAGCAAGGCUCAUCUCUAUGAUACAUACCUUGCUCUUGAGCCAUACCGUGAGGUGCCAGUCGAUGGAAGCCAUGGAUACGAUUAUUCUAUGUCUAUCAUUUCCAGGCUGGAACAGGCGAUCAAGCAUUUCUCAGAACGUGGCCAGCUGCGCAAGGUCGAUAUUUUGCAAAUUGAGCUGGCCCUUGAGCAUGUCCGAUCGCAGUCCUGGACCGCGGCUGUUGAGACACUUCAAAUUCUAUGGCACAAUCAACAGUGGCGACGAUCAGGUUGGUGGAAGCUUCUGCAAAAGCUCGGCUGGGCUCUUUUGGAUUGUCUUUCUCAUGCUCAGAACUCCGAGCUGCAUAUGAAGUUGUCAUGGGAGCUCUCGUGUGGCAUCUUCGAGAGUAAACCUGGCUCUGGUUACGAUUUACACGAUGGACUUCGAGACGUCAGUGCUCAGGGUUCCUCCCGGUCUGCGGCAAUUGAUAUGGACCAAGCCUUAUCGCCGGUUUUUCCAUCCUUCGCCUUCUCGACCCACGAAGUAUUUGUUGGAGAACCUCUGGAUUGUCAAUUAACCUUACACUCUAGGGCACAAGAAACACUUGCUCCAAUCAGGAUCUCCGAGGUCAAGGUCGUCUUCGAGGGUAGUUUGAACCCUAUUUAUCUCGUGGCAGAAGAGGCUGAAUCAACUAACACUGGCUCGUCUUCUGCUAGUUUUCAGGAUGUUGUACUUCAAGACUCGACUUUGUUCAAGAGGAGGUCGUCUGCUGGAGCCAUUGCCUCUCUUGCUGGAAAAGCUGACUUGGUGAUGCCAUCAAAUUAUAGUAGAAUUUUCCGCCUACGCAUCACUCCGCGUGAGGCUGGCGACGUAGCAAUCGCUUCGAUCACCUUGCUCGUGGACGGACCUAAUUAUUCGCUGGCAGUCACCUCCUCUGACUUCGAACACUCGGUGUCCCAGUGGUGGGAAACCAAAAAUGGCAAGCCAAUCCCACGACUGCUCGGCGAGGAGUCCAAUGCUUAUAACAAGAUCACAAUACAACCUAAACCGCCAAAAUUGCAAAUUGAAGUGCCAGGACUUCGCAGGGCCUAUUACGCAAACGAAACAAUCAAGAUUGGAUUCGAUAUCCAGAACGACGAGGAAGAAGCCGCCUUGGUCUCCGUCACAGUCCGUAUGAUCAGCCCGGUGGAGGAUUCUGCACGGAUAAAAUGGAUUGAUCCUGAAUAUCAAGAUUGGGCGAGCUCAGAGGCAGGACUCCUGACCUUAUCACCGCGAGACCUGGGGACAAUAGCUGCUAACGAAAGCACUACUGUCUCUAUUUGCCUCGAUGAAACGGUCAUCGCGGUUGAUCACGAAGUCGAGCUCCUUGCAACUUACAGGCUGGUUUCUGAGCCUGAGACGAUUCUGACAAAGAACCUCGCGAUCGAUGUAGUCGUAAUUCGUCCUUUCGAGGCGAAUUAUGACUUUGUCCCACGUCUGGACCCGGAUCCGUGGCCCAGUUUCUUUCACGGACCACCACUAGAGAGAGAUUCAUCCACACCUCUCGGCUUAAGACAUCGAUACUGGGUCACUGCAAAUCUCUACUCCUUCGCUACUGAACCUCUGACCAUUGAGGCUAUCCUGCUUACAGCGACCAAAGUUCAGGGUAGGGCAACAUGCUCGGCGACCACCGGCGUGGUACGAAGGCCCCAAGUGAACACUGCUGAGGACAAGGCAUCGAUUUCAUCGGUAGUCCUGCCGGACCAGACUACAAUAUUUGACUUCGAGUUAUCCCUACAAAAAGAAAUCCUCGGCGAUCGGCAUACCGUCGGAGUCGACCUCGCCCUUGAAAUUGGUUGGCGACGGCAAGAUUCAGAUCAAGUCAACACCACAGUACUUGAGGUUCCCAAACUAGUAGCUGCAAUGGCCGAACCGAGAGUACUACUCACUGCUUCUCAAGCCACGCUCAGUGCCUCGGUGGAUUCCGCGUACAAGCUAACCUUUACGCUGGAGAACCCUAGCAUGCACUUUCUCACCUUUAACAUUUCAUUAGAGGCAAGCGAAGACUUUGCAUUCAGCGGUCCCAAGGCUUGUUCUCUAAGUCUCGUACCCCUCAGCAGGCAGUCACUCGAUUACAGGAUACUCCCGAACAAGAAAGAUCAAUGGGUCGGAGUGCAUCUGAAUGUGAUAGACGCGUACUUCGGGCAGACUUUGAGGAUCCUGCCUGGCGGGGACGGUGUGAAGGUGGAUAAGAAAGGGAAGGUAUUCGUGAAGAUAUGAUCAUAUUUUGGAUUGCUCACUCGUAAACAUGUAUUAUGGACAAGGCCCGGUAGUCAUAACGUACCUCAAGACAAUCAAAGGGCAUUGAGCAC